AUGCCUUUCGUUUCUAAUCCUAAUGCAACUCCACAAACACCAAUCACCAAUCAAUCACUCCCUUCGGUUUCUAAUGCAACUCCACAAACACAAUGCUCUAACCAACCUAAUGAUAAUGUUGACUUGAAGGAUCUUCCAAAGGACCCGGCGGAUAGGCCAUUGAUUACAAGUUACAAACCAAAUAUAAGAGAUGAUGAUAGUGCAUAUUGUUUAUAUUGUUAUUUGUGUGGGGACCUCAUGGGACAAAAAGGAGGGAGAGAUGCAUUUGUUUCUCAAGGUUUUGAUACUUGGAAUAAAAAAGAUGCAUUUCGGACUCAUGUGGGUGGUAUUGAUAGUUUUCACAACAAAGCAAAAGAAAAAAUUUUAUUGAAAACCGGUUUACCGUUUCGUGGUCAUGACGAGUCGGUUAACUCGGAAAAUAGAGGGCUAUACAUUAAAGUGUUAAAAGCCAUUCGAGAGACUAGUGAAGAUAUUUUCAACAAUACUUUAGAAAAUGCUCCAAAAAACAAUCAACUAAUUUCCCCUAAAAUUCAAAAAGAACUUGUGCAAUGUUUUGCACAAGAAGUACUUUUGAGUAUUCGUGAAGAGAUUGGUCAAGAUGUUUUUGCUUUACUAGUUGAUGAAUCUAGUGAUGUUUCAAAAAAGGAACAAAUGGCUAUUGUUUUACGUUAUGUCGAUACUCUUGGCUUUGUGAAAGAAAGAUUCAUAGGUCUAGUGCACGUGAAGGAUACAUCUUCUUUGACACUCAAAAACGCCAUAAAUGAAGUACUUACAAGUAAUAAGUUGAGUUUUAGUCAGAUAAGAGGACAAGGUUAUGAUGGGGCUAGCAAUAUGCGAGGGGAAUUCAAUGGUUUGAAAGCUUUGAUAUUACAAGAAAAUGACACGACUUUUUAUGUACAUUGCUUUGCACACCAACUUCAAUUAGUAGUUGUGGCUGUAGCAAAGAAGCAUGAUGGUAUUAGUGACUUUUUUGAGCAAAUUUCGUUGGUGGUUAAUGUAGUUUGUGCAUCGUGUAAAAGAAAAGACUUACUACGAGAGCAAGCAAGAGAAAGGAUGCAAAAAGGAUUGUGUAGUGGUGAACUUGAAACCGGAAGAGGGUUAAAUCAAGAGACUACACUUGUUCGAGCGGGAGAAACAAGAUGGGGUUCACAUUUCAACACACUCACAAGUUUGAUGAAGUUAUUUGCAGAUGUUCUUGUAGUUUUAGAUUUUGUGAAAGAGGAGGGAGGGUCAUUGGCAAACCGUCAACAAGCAUCUGGAAUCUUAGCAUAUUUUAAAUCAUAUGAGUUCGUGUUUUACUUACAUAUGAUGUAUGACAUUUUACACCUCAUGGGUACAUUGUCAAAGCAACUUCAAAGAAAAGAUCUAGACAUUUUAGAAGCGGCUUCGAUGGUUAGAGGGAUAAUCGAGGCAUUGCAAUCUUUUAGAAACAUAGGGUUUGCUAGCAUUUUGCCAAAAGUAUCCUCUUUUUGUGAAACACACGAAAUUGAUACUUUGGAUGGAAGAGUUGUAUAUUGGUGCAAGAAACCGUAG